AUGGCGCCGUUAGAGUAUACCGAACCAUUUGUGCGCCAUGGCUCGGCAUUAAAUUACAUUUGCUACCGCAAUAUCUAUCAUACAGUAUCUCAAGCAGUUGAUGUGCAUUCAGAUCCCACAGCUGCUGCUUCGUCGGAUGAUGUUGAAGAGCUAGGAGCAAUUCUUGUGGAUCCUAAGAAACCGUUAUGGGAUCGUUAUGCGGCCAUGUUUAAACUACGUAAUAUCAAUACAGAUGCUUCCAUCAAAGCACUUGCUCAAGGUCUUUAUUGCGAAGAUAGUGCUUUAUUCCGACAUGAGGUAGCAUACGUUCUGGGACAAGCACAGUCUCCUGUGGCGAUCAAGGAGCUGAAAGAUCGUCUUACAUUGCUGUCAGAGAAUCACAUGGUACGCCACGAGUGCGCAGAAGCCCUCGGUGCUAUUGCCACUAAUGAGUGUACUGCAAUUUUACAAGAAUAUUUGAAGGACAAAGAGGUAAUAGUUUCACCACUCUUUGUAGAUGUGCUUAUGCGCGUUGUUCGCGAAAGCUGCGAAGUUGCAUUGGACAUGGCCGACUACGAGAACAGCGACGAGUUACAGUAUGCUGCUGUUACUGUAUAA